UCCUGUUCCCUGCUGAAUGUUUGGCUGUCGAGUCAACAACCAGGAAACGAGAUGUGCUAAUGCUAAAUGUGAACAACCUACUGCUAGCCUGGCGCUAUGAAAACACACAAUUACCGGAGAGCUAAGCGAAUUGUGCUAGAUUGACAACACGACGCUAUUGAACAGCUGCCCGUCGGAGUGAGUUACACGGAUUAGAAUCGCUAAACGUUGCUUGUCGUUUUGUGGAGACCCGGACAUCUGGUUCGUCCAGCGGUAACGUUAGCAGCGGGAGCUUUGCGGCGUUCUCUCUGGGGAUGGCUGCGGCGCGCAGAGCUGGUGUCGUGGCUGCAUUUCUACUCCUGUUUCUUCUGGUUGGGUGCAAGGCAAGGAUACACAAACUCACCCUGAAGAACGAAACACGCUUUUUCGUCCACCUCAACACUUUUGGCUUUUACGCGAACGGGACUCUUGACGUCAGCCUACGGUCUCUGCGCCUCCCACAGAAACCGGUCAACUAUAGCGUCUACCCUGUUGGAUUCAGUCUCUCCAGGUCCCGAGUGAGUGGAGUCUUGUCUUACACAGCUGAAGAGACAGAGACCUGCCCCCUCACGCUCAGUAAAGUGACUAAUAAUGAACCCCUCAUCCUCUUUCUUGUUGAUAUCCACAGCUGCAGUGUCAACGUGCGUGUCUUCGGAGACCAAGACAAUAUUUUGAGCGCCAAAUUGAAGAGCGAUGUGCAGACCAAAGUGAAAGGUCAGAGGUCAAGCAGGGAGGCUCCUGCCAACGCUCCUGCUAAGCCUGUUGAGCAGACGAAAGAUGGAGAUAAAACGUCUGGAAAAGUUCCAGAUGAAUCAAAUGCAAAAACAGAGCUUGUGGAUCAGACAAAGCAGGAUCAGACGGCAGGGAUUACGCUUCCCGAAUUCCAUCUCGACAAGAACAAAUCGCUGACAUUGGCUUUGGAGAAAGUUAACGACACCUACAACUUCAAUUUCCACCUGCUGGUGGGCUUGCUGGCUGAAGGCUUGUACAACUUCAACUUCUACUACUGUCAGAACAUGGAACCUGGCAUAGACCAUUCCUACUCCUUCACUCUGGAAGUGACGGAGAAGAAUCCCGGAGGCUUCCUGUCUGCAGCCGAAAUCCCACUGUCUCGCCUCUACAUUGGCAUGGCUGGAGUCUUCUUCACCGCUGCCCUGGUGUGGGUGUACACGCUCAUGAAGCACAGGUACAGUGUGUUUAAGAUCCAUUGGCUGAUGGCGGCGCUGGCCUUCACCAAGUCCACAUCUUUGGUUUUCCACAGUAUAAACUAUCACUUCAUCAACACAGAGGGGCAUCCCAUCGAGGGCUGGGCUGUCAUGUAUUACAUCACACACCUGCUCAAGGGGGCGCUCCUGUUCAUCACACUGGCACUGAUUGGCACCGGAUGGGCCUUCGUCAAAUACAUCCUGUCUGACAAAGAGAAGAAGAUCUUUAUGAUUGUCAUUCCCCUGCAGGUCCUGGCCAACGUGGCCUACAUAAUCAUUGAGUCCACGGAGGAAGGCUCCAGCGAAUACCCUCUGUGGAAGGAGAUACUCUUUCUUGUCGACCUCAUCUGCUGUGGCGCCAUCUUGUUCCCUGUUGUCUGGUCCAUCCGUCAUCUACAAGAGGCUUCCAGCACCGAUGGAAAAGCUGCCAUGAAUUUGGAGAAGCUCAAGCUCUUCCGGCACUACUACGUCAUGAUCGUGUGUUACAUCUACUUCACAAGAAUCAUCGCCAUCCUGCUCAAGGUCACCAUGCCCUUCCAGUGGCAGUGGUUCUACGAGUUCCUGGUGGAAGUGUCCACAUUGAUCUUUUUUGUGUUGACGGGAUACAAAUUCCGACCCGCUUCCAACAACCCGUACCUCCAGCUGCCCCAGCAUGAUGACGAUGAAGAAAUGGAUGAAAUAGUGACGGAGUCGGGUGCACUGGAGGGCAUUUCCAAAGUCAAGAAGACGUCCAACGGACGUGAGCGCCAGAAGGAAGCCACCUUGUGAGCAUGGGCGGGGAUUCAUUAGCGGAGGACAAGGACCCAAUAAGGCCUUCCACCCAUGGCCACUGCCUCCUCUUCUUUCUUUUUUUUUUUUUGUGCAGUGGUUUAUCGUGGUCCUUCCCACUCACUGCCUGCCUAUGCAAACAGACUUCUGUGUCUUUGGAAAAAUGCCCGACAACAGAGGGGCGGACUGACGAAUGAGUUCUCCAAAGAUCAUUUUAGCUUUUUUUUUUGGUGUGUGUUUCUAUUUAACACGGUACUUGCAUUGGCCUUCCUCAUAUUUCUGCGUGUGCUGGGACGGGCUUGCAGGUCCGAUUUAUCACUAGAACUUGCUCAGGUUCUCACCCCCUUCCCCUGGCCAAUCAAAAUGCAGGCAACAUUCAGGGUUCUACUGAUUGGUUGAGGCUGCACGGUCCGCGUUACUUUCCUGAUGGGGAUAUUUGAGGUUGUAAAUUUUACUACAUUUAAUUAUUGGUCCAUUUCAGUAUUGAUGUUGGAUUGCCCGUCACCGCCGCUGUACCUUUUGCGCUUAGCUUGUUGAGGUCACUCAAGGUUAGAUGACCGAACCACCCUUUUUUUUGGCUUCACUGUGCCAUUCUUGACAAACAAUCUUAACAGAUAAUUGCUUUUGUCGGCUAUUGUUUUUUUUUAGCAUUCUACUUUGGAUAUGAUGCAUAUUUUAUGGAUUAUUGACAAGUUAUUGCUAUUGAAAGGUCAGAAGACUGUAAAUAAUGAUUCCCCCAGUUCCUCAAAAAAGACAGUAAUGUACAGAACUGUGCUUUCAGUUUGUUUGGAAUAAUGUGAGUGCAAAGUCAAAAGUGAGAAUGAUACUACUGAGAUGACCACACACACACACACACACACUCCUAUUCAUGUGUGUUGCCUUCCUGCAAGGACACAAGUGUAGGGUAACUAUACAGCUUAAACUUCACUGAGGGUUUUUCCAUGUCUGUGACUUAUAAUAAAGCUGGUGUUCUGGUGUGCUAGAUUUUA